CGGUUCAGAAUCCACCGUUGCAGUGGUUGCAGUUACAUAAUUUGUGAACGCGGUUCAGUACCCCUACUCCCAACUAAUUAUAUCGGACAUGGCGGAUAGCGAGCUCACUAAAGCACUGCGAGAUCUGCCUCUGCGAAUUCAAACAGCUAGCAAGAAAGAAAGGAAUGUCUUACUUCAAAAUGUUGUUGCGGUGUUGUCAAACCCAGGAAUCACAGAAGCCAUCAUUCGGGGCAUUUGUAAAGUUUUACAGAUUGCAUUGCCACGAUAUCGAGAUAGCACAUCUCAGUUCUUUAUUCAGAAUGUGAUCAUCACUCUUGUUAAGCAGCAUGGGGAUUGGACCAUGAAGCAUCUUACUUCCACAUUAAGUGAUAUUGCAGCUGCACACAAGAAUUUGGUUUCGACGAACCACACAUCACAGAGUGGUCUGUAUGCUUUAAAGUGGUCGUGCUUGCUGGUUGAACAUGGUCUCAAUAAUUGUUCAGACAAUGCUAAAGCAGAAUUUCAGCAUCUUGUGGAUACGCAGGCAACACUUUUGUCAGUUGUACUUGCUGUAGGGAAUAAAAAGAAGUCUGCUAAAGCAUAUCGGACACUGUCCGCUAUGUGGAGAUGUGUGAAAGGUAGUGAAGAGUUGUAUGGAAAUGCAAUAACAGGCUCGGUACCUAGCACACAUAUUGUAGUAUUUGGAUCUUAUCUCAUCCAACACCUGACAGAAACAAGAAGAGUAGAUCUCAUUAAGAAAUAUAAGGUUGCACUUUUGGAAAUGUUCAUCAAAGUAGCAAUCAGUUGCAAGACAAAACCUGCCGUUUACAUUAUCAAAGAGUCUGAAUCGCUACUGAAACAUGUGUCACAUGAAGAGUUCAAGCAGCAACUUUUACCUGCCAUGCAGAAAGCAAUGCUACGGAAUCCAGAAAUUAUUCUGGAGAGUGUUGGACAGGUGCUGGUCGGCCUGUCACUAGAUUUGAGCCAGUAUGCUCAGGAUAUAGGCAGGAGUCUUGCAGCAAACCUGCAUUCCAAGGAAGAUCUCGCUCGUGGAGAGUCAGUUUCUGCCUGCCGCAGCCUGGCUCUGCAGUGCAGUGAUGCUAGUGCUUUGGAAGCUCUGUUACAGCAUCUGUUUGAUGUAUUCCAUGGCUCUGAAGGAAAACUGACUGUAGCAACUCAUAAGAUGAGUGUUCUUCAGGGUGCAGGCAGUGUGAGUUACAAUGCAGUGACCGGCAGCAGUGUCCACACACUGGCUACUGUUGCAGCACACCACUUUAUUAAAGUGCUGGAUGUUGAAGUUCAUGAAAAGACCCUGAUUCAAGCUUUAGAAAUGCUGUCAUUAUGGUGUAAUAAAUUCAGCAACGAAGUGCCAAAUAAAAUAAUGGAUUGGUUCAAGAAAGGUCCUGGUUUGAAGACAUCAACAGCAGCUGUGCGCACAGCAUACAUUGAAUGUAUGUCAGCUUGCUUUCAUGGAAAUACAUUGGCCCAAGGGGUUGAGCUUAUUCCAUUUCUGCUGAAGACAGUUGAGAGAGCAGUUGGUCAACCAACACAGGUUCCUCUUUUGACUGAGGCCUUGUGUGCUACCUGUUUGUUGCUAAAGAUGGCAUCAGCUGACAUUGGUGCUGACAAAAAAUUGGACAGCCUUUGGAGUGUAGUACUGGACAUGGACAAACAGCUUUUUGUUUCUGAAAAAUUUCUUACUCUUGCCUCUGAUGAUGCUCUGUUUCAUGUGAUGCAGCUGUGUGAACGUCUUCUUCUGGAUCAUGCUCACAGGCUAAAUGGGAAGGCUAAUCCCCUACACAAAGGAAUAAUUUUUUGUUUGACUGCUCCCAGUUCUUCUCUAAGAUUACGUUGUCGUUCAGUGGUGAAAAAAUUGGUGUCUGUUUUGGGGGGAACCCAGCUUGCACGUUCUUUACUCAAGGAAUUUACCAGAUUUCUAGAAACAGCCAAAAUCCAGUCUGGAGAAACUAUUCAAGAGAGUAAAGAUGGACCAGACACAGGUUCAGGUGGGGGUGGGGGUGGAGGGGAAAUACCAGCGAAGGUGGCUGUUAGUUGCAUUACCACGUUCUGCUCGGGGAGCAACAUUGUUCAAGAAGAUGCUCAGUUACUUGCUCUGGAUAGUCUCCUGUGCUGCCAUCAUCCUGCUAUAGUUGCAGCAUCACCAAACUUGUGGCUGAAAUUGCUGAAAUAUUUGAAGCUAGAUCCAAAUGAAUUCAUCAGAAUCUUUGAAGAUAACAUAAAGAAAAUCUUGAUUGAAGAAUAUGAUGCAUCUCCGUGUUUAGAGAACUGUCUGCGGACAAUAGCGUGCGUGAAUCCAGACAUCAUUCUUCCACUUCUAGUUAUGUUUGUGAUCAGACAUUUAAGUGAUACCUCUAUUCUGCUUGUUACUGAAGAUGAAUACUUCACAUUCCUAACGCCGGAAGGUGAACUUUAUGACAAGAGCGUAAUAUCUGGGAAGGAUAAUGAGAACGAACUGAAUGUGAAAAAUAUGAAACGAGAGAGUAAAGUGUAUUCAUACAAGGAGCAGUUGGAAGAGUUGCAGCUCCGAAGAGAACUGGAGGAGAAGCGUAGGAAACAAGGAAAAUUGAAGGAACCUCAGCUGACGCCAAAACAGAAGGAGGCUUUAAGGCUGCAGUUGGAAAAGGAGAGUGCAAUACGUGCAAGACUGACUGAGUUGAAUAAAACACUCAAGAAUGUGGUGUCGAUGAUAAAAGCAGCAUUGGAUGGCAACGGUCAAGAACUGUCGCUGUACUUCCGAGAUCUCCUGCCGUGUAUUUUGAGGGAUCUGCAGUCUCCAUUAGCUGCACCGUAUCUUUCUCCAUUGUACAUAGAACUUAGGAAAUGCGUCUUCUUCACCAGUGGGCAUAAAUAUCUAGGUGAGCUUAUUGGACACGUGACUCUCCGGCUUCAGGCCCCGUGUUGUGAUCUUGAUCCGUGGUGGGAAGAUGAAGAUUUAAGUGUAGCAGUGUGUCGCACCAUUACAACACUGCAUAAGGCAACUGUGAGGCCACGACGAACAACAAGCCCCGAUGCUUCACCAACUUACCUGACAGCUCCAGCAUUCUGUUAUGUUUUUCCUUUGAUACGUUCUGCUCUGCUGUCCACUUUGGUAAAGACAGAUGACUCAUUGGUAACUCUUGGGCUCCAGAUAAUUUCUGAACAUGCCCAGAUGAGAGGAAAUCCAGAUAAUGCUCAAGAAAGAGAUCUCCAUCAUCCCAGCUUGCUUCCAAGAAGACAUAUGUUUGAGCUCCUUAUAGAAAUGAUCAGUCGUACCGGAGGCCGCAUUCAGCAGCAAGCAGGAUCUGCUCUUCUUGAUGUGGCAACAUCAGGCUCUGGAGCAGCUGGCUGUGCAAAAGCUAGUGCUGAUGAAAUUGACAGUCUGCUUGCUGCAUUGCAAAAUCCAUCCGCAGUUGUGCGAGAUGCAGCUCUUAGGGGUCUGAUUGCUAUGGUUGGUGCCUUUCCAACUUUGAAAGCUGAUUAUGAUCAAGCUUUGCGGCUUAUAAGAAGAAUUUGGGUGGCACAAUUUGAUGUUUCUGAAGAGAAUAGGGACCUGGCUGUCAAGUUGUGGGAUGUAGCUGAGUUGCAGCUUCCAUCAGCUUUGUGUGAGGAGUUGCUAAAUGAUGUGAUCCACCCAGUGGAUGAGAUUCAGCAGGCUGGAGCCCAGGCCCUUGCUGCAUUGCUGAAACAGGAAACAGGCUUCAUUGAUUUUGUGCUGGAACGGUUGCUUGCAAUCUAUCGUGAAAAACUUGCUAUUUUGCCUCCGAAACUGGAUAGUUUUGGACGCAUAGUGGAACAGCCUGUGGACACAUGGCAACCGCGCAGUGGCGUGGCUCUUGCACUUGCCCAAAUUGCACCCCUCCUAACUCCAAAAUCUGUCUCCCAUCUUAUCACAUUCUUUGUGUCAGUGGGGCUUGGAGAUAGAAGCCCUGAGGUCAGAAAAAAUAUGCUGGCAGCAGCACUAGCCGCAGUUGAUCUACAUGGCAAGGAAACUGUAAACAGCCUCCUUCCUGUUUUUGAGGACUUCUUGGAUAAAGCACCAGAUUCCGGAAGUUUUGAUGCCAUACGUCAAUCUGUGGUCAUUCUUAUGGGUUCCCUGGCCAGGCAUUUGGAACGAGAUGAUCGCAAAGUGAAACCAAUUGUUGGGAAACUUAUUGAUGCUUUGUCAACACCGUCACAACAGGUCCAGGAGGCUGUGGCUAAUUGUCUCCCUCCCCUGGUUCCUGCUGUCAAAGAUGAUGCUCCACAUUUAGUCCAGAAAUUGCUUCACCAAUUACUGGAAUCUGAGAAUUAUGGAGAGAGAAAGGGAGCAGCAUACGGGUUGGCAGGACUGGUUAAGGGAAUGGGCAUUCUUGCCCUUAAACAACUUGAUAUCAUGAAUACUUUAACAACAGCCAUUCAGAACAAGAAAAACUAUCAUCACAGAGAAGGUGCGCUGUUUGCAUUUGAGAUGCUUUGCAAUAUGCUGGGCAGAUUGUUUGAGCCAUACAUAGUCCAUGUUCUGCCACACUUGCUGUUAUGUUUUGGAGAUGGAAGUCAGUAUGUCCGUGAUGCUACAGAUGACACAGCUCGAAUUGUCAUGAGCAAACUGUCUGCUCAUGGAGUAAAAUUGGUGUUGCCAUCUCUUCUGGCAGCCCUGGAAGAAGAUUCAUGGAGGACAAAAACUGGUUCUGUGGAGUUGCUAGGAGCAAUGGCAUACUGUGCUCCGAAACAGCUGUCCUCCUGUCUGCCAAGCAUAGUGCCUAAGUUGAUUGAAGUGCUGAGUGACUCUCAUGUGAAGGUGCAGAAAGCUGGAGCACAGGCACUCAAACUCAUUGGCUCUGUCAUCCGGAACCCAGAAAUUCAAGCAAUCGUUCCUGUGCUGCUGGAGGCAUUGCAAGACCCAUCAAACAAAACUGCUACAUGCUUGCAGACCCUACUGGACACACAGUUUGUACACUUCAUUGAUGCUCCAUCAUUGGCUCUAAUCAUGCCUGUUGUGCAGCGUGCAUUUAUGGAUCGUUCCACGGAAACACGCAAAAUGGCUGCCCAGAUCAUUGGCAAUAUGUACUCCUUAACUGACCAGAAGGAUCUGACUCCAUACUUGCCUACUAUCAUACCUGGUCUUAAGACAUCUCUGCUUGACCCAGUGCCAGAGGUUCGCAGUGUAUCAGCAAGAGCUCUUGGAGCUAUGGUACGUGGAAUGGGUGAAUCUAGUUUUGAAGAUUUGCUUCCAUGGCUGAUGCAGACACUUACAUCAGAAACAAGUUCUGUAGAUCGUUCUGGUGCUGCGCAGGGUCUCAGUGAAGUUGUGGGAGGACUUGGUGUUGAGAAACUCCACAAAUUAAUGCCAGAAAUCAUUAGCACUGCUGAAAGGACUGAUAUUGCACCACAUGUUAAGGAUGGUUAUAUUAUGAUGUUCAUUUACAUGCCUGUGGUAUUCACCAGUGAAUUCACUCCGUAUAUAGGACAGAUUAUUAAUCCAAUUCUUAAGGCUUUGGCAGAUGAGAAUGAGUAUGUGCGAGACACAGCGUUGAAAGCAGGCCAGAGAAUUGUGAAUCUUUAUGCAGAUACAGCAAUCAUGCUGUUGCUGCCAGAACUUGAAAAAGGACUGUUCGAUGAUAACUGGAGAAUUCGUUACAGUUCAGUGCAGUUGUUGGGAGAUUUGCUGUACAGAAUAUCGGGAGUGUCUGGAAAGAUGAGCACUGAAACAGCAGAUGAGGAUGAUAAUUUUGGAACUGAACAGUCACAUCAUGCCAUCAUUGAUGCUCUUGGUGGAGGACGCAGAAACCGGGUUCUGGCUGGUCUCUACAUGGGUAGGUCAGACGUGGCCCUUAUGGUGAGACAGGCAGCACUGCAUGUGUGGAAGGUUGUUGUGACCAACACACCUCGCACUCUGCGAGAAAUUCUGCCAACACUCUUCAGCCUGCUUCUUGGCUGUCUGGCCAGUACAAGCUAUGAUAAGAGACAGGUUGCAGCUCGUACCUUAGGAGAUCUAGUGAGGAAAUUAGGUGAACGAGUGCUGCCAGAGAUCAUCCCUAUUCUGGAGAAGGGUCUGGAGUCAGAUCAACCAGAUCAGCGGCAGGGAGUGUGUAUUGGUCUGUCAGAGAUAAUGGCUUCUACCAGCAAAGACAUGGUGCUCACAUUUGUAAACAGUUUGGUACCUACUGUAAGGAAAGCACUGUGUGAUCCCCUGCCAGAAGUGAGACAGGCUGCUGCAAAGACCUUUGACAGUCUGCACUCUACUGUAGGGGUUCGAGCACUUGAUGACAUCCUUCCGGCAAUGCUGAACCAGUUGAAUGACCCUGACCCAAAGGUUGCUGAAUCCACAUUAGAUGGGUUACGACAGGUGAUGGCCAUCAAGUCUCGUGUGGUUCUGCCAUACCUCGUUCCACAGCUUAUUGCUCCUCCGCAAGUAAACACCAAGGCUUUAUCGAUUCUUGCCUCUGUAGCAGGUGAAGCGCUUACAAAGUACCUGCACAAGAUACUGCCUGCACUGCUGGCUGCACUCUCCGCAGCUCAGGGAACCCCACAAGAGACCCAGGAGUUAGAGUACUGCCAGGCUGUUGUGUUGUCAGUGACAGAUGAAGUCGGUAUUCGGACAAUCAUGGAUCAACUGAUGGAGUCCACACGGUCAGACAAGGUGGAGCUGCGACGUUCAUCUGUUAUGUUACUGUGUGCCUUUUGCCGGCAUACUCAUGCUGACUAUUCUCAGUAUGUACCACAGCUUCUGCGAGGCCUCAUACAUUUGUUCACAGACUCAAAUCGUGAUGUGCUCCAGAUGGCAUGGGAAGCACUCAGUGCUGUUACCAAGACUCUGGACUCAUCGCAACAAACUGCUCAUGUUGGAGACAUACGGCAGGCUGUGCGUUUUGCUGUCAGUGAUUUAAAAGGACAAGAGUUGCUUCCAGGCUUUUGUUUACCAAAGGGGAUCACACCAAUUCUUCCUAUCUUCCGAGAAGCCAUUCUUAACGGGCUUCCUGAAGAGAAAGAGCAGGCUGCACAGGGCUUGGGUGAAGUGAUAAGACUGACCAGUGCUGAAGCACUCCAACCAUCAGUGGUCCACAUCACAGGCCCUCUCAUCCGUAUUCUUGGAGAUCGCUUCAAUUGGAAUGUGAAAGCUGCAGUGCUAGAAACCCUUGCUCUGCUCCUUGCCAAGGUUGGUGUGAUGCUGAAACAGUUUCUACCCCAGCUUCAGACCACAUUCCUUAAGGCUCUGAAUGACUCGAAUCGACAAGUACGCAUCAAGGCUGCAAGUGCUCUGAGCCAUCUGAUUGUGAUCCACACCCGAGCAGAUCCUCUGUUCACAGAGCUGCAUGCGGGAGUACGCACUGCGGAUGAUCCUGCGAUUAGGGAGACGAUGCUGCAAGCACUGAGAGGCGUCAUCACUCCAGCUGGAGACAAAAUGACAGAACCUCUUCGCAAAGCUGUAUAUGUCACUCUGACAGGAAUGCUGGGUCACCCAGAAGAUAUCACGCGGGCUGCAGUAGCCGGCUGUUUGGGUGCACUUUGUCGCUGGCUGUCACCAGAACAACUUCAUGCUACCCUUACUGAUCAUCUCCUUUAUGAUGACCUGCCUUUGGACUGGACAUUACGCCAUGGCCGCAGUGCCGCUCUUUCGGUUGCUCUCAAAGAAGCAGCUCCACAUGUGUACACAGAUGAUUACAAGGACAAGAUAUGUAGAGUUCUGCUGGCUCAUCUUAUGGCAGACAGGGUACCGAUUGCAAUGAAUGGAGUCCGAGGGUGUGGGUACCUUUUCCAACAUUUAAUGCUAGCAAGCCAAUCCCUGCCACAGCAGCUCCUGACUCCUUUCAUCAGGUCCAUGAACCACAGCAGCAAUGAGGUAAAACAGCUUUUGGCAAGAGUGUGUUCCAUGUUGGCCAAGACAGUGCCACCACAGCUUAUGGCGCCUGAACUUCUUCGUCUGCUCAUUCCUAUGUUGGUAAAUGGUACCAAGGAGAAAAAUUCAUAUGUGAAGGCCAACAGUGAGUUUGCCCUGGUGUCAGUUCUAAGGCUUCGGCAAGGAGAUGAUACUCAGCAGCGCUGUAUGAACCUGUUGGAUAUUGGUGCCCGUGAGUCCCUCAGUGAUGUGAUCAGCAAAGUUUUGCGUAAAGUGGCGAACCAGCCAGAGGGCAAGGAUGAGGAUCUUGACGACACGCUACUGACAUGAUCAGUUGUAGUCCAGGAGUGGGAACUGUGCCAGAUGCUGGUGCUUUGUCAGGAUGAUUAUACUGUGCUGCAGGGUUCAUCACAGACAUGCUGUGACAUUGACUGUAGUCUGACAGAGAACAGAGAUCAGUGUCAUUGUUUAUCUAUAGAGCUAGCAAGUCAGUCCCACAAUACAUGCGAGGCAUUGAAUUCUGUAGUUAAAUUAUUAUUGUGUAUGUGUAAACAUAAUGUUUCAUGAGCUGGGGCACUUCUGAGUAAUUCAUCUUUGUGUUGCUUCGUUUGAUGUACAUUCUGUGGGAUGAUGGUAUACCUGAUCUCUAUGCCAUGCCUGUGUCUCAUUCUUUCUCCAUGCAUAUUGCAACCUUCCUGUAGUUCCUAAGAGGGAGUUCAACAUGUAUUGUGUGUUACACUUUUGCAGGUGAAACAUACAUAGGAACCAGUCACCUUUUGAUAGAACUAUUCAUGUAGUGUUCUUAUACGUUAACCCAGUAGGACUCCAUUUUAUGAGGCAAAAUCGGGCAUUUGACUUGUCGAGGUUGAAUUCCUCAGAAGUGCCCCAAGAAAUACUAUCUUUUGUGUUAUGUGAAAGUUUUGCGUGUGUUCUUUUCUGUACCAGGCAUCUCUUGUAACAGUUCACUUCUCUCAAGGAAUACAUGAAAGCUGUUGAUGUACAUUAUAUUACUGGAUGUCACUUCACAAGUGUGUGAGAUCUUUUUAUGUAUAUGUGUUGUACAGGCCAGGAACAUAGAAAUAUGUUGUUGCUUAUAGUUUAAUUUUUAUUGUCAGAACUUUACAUACUGAAACAGUUCCUUCCUUACCUUGUGCCGAGAGUCAUGACACAUAAGUUCUGUGGCUGGACAUGGUAAACACAUUGAUUUGAUUUAUUUUUGUCUCAGAAAAUGUGGGCACUGAAUUCAUUAUGAGAAGUUGUAACAGAUGACUAGUAUUUAUAUGAGUAUAAUUGAAUUCACUGGCUCUGAAUUUGACCUUCAGUUUUUUAAUGGGAAGUCACUGUCAUGAUUUGACCGCAUUGUAUAUGCAUGGCCAUUGUACUGGUUGCUACUGUGCAGUCAGCUCAUGGUCAGCACUGUCAUGUCAUGGUAUUACAGUUUGAUCUUAGUUUAAUGCUGGCAAGUCAGUUUAGUUAAGUUUGUUUUAUUCAGUUUUAAUAACCAACAGUAACGAUAUCAGAUUCCAGCUGACAUGGUGUCCUAGUUUGUUCCCUUGUGGUGACAGUAGGUUGGAUGUGUUCAACAUUAUUUUGUUAAAUGGCCUGAAAUGUAUGCAAAUAAAUAAACAUAUUUCAUUGCUUUGAA